AUGUCCGAAAGCGGUCGAAAUGAUCCGCCAGAGGACUCGGUGCCGACUAACGUCGACAACAGCGAUGUCGAGUACCACUACCUUCGCACACCCAAGCAGGGGAACCUCGCGGGCGGCAACAACAGUGGACUUAAUACCAGCGACCCCAACGCGAUUUCUAGCUUCUUGCUUAUCGGCAAGCUCAAGUCCGUCGUGUACGAAGUUCUGUAUAACCUGGAAAACCAUGGCAACUUACAUGACAUUGAUGAAUUUAUCGCUGUAACGGAAGACUGCCUGAAGGCUCUCAAGACCGUCAAGGUGGAGCGGCGCAUUGAAGCACGCCGAAUGAAUCUCUCCAUGCGCAUCCAGGUAAACUCUUCCAUGAACGCGCUGACGACACCAUCAAACAGGGAGCUGGACGACGCGUUAGGAGACACUGUGCGUACCUCUGCCGCCAUGGUGAGCCAGGGACCUCAAAACUACAAGGCUGCGCUGCUGAGGCAGAAGCUGCCAUCUCCCAAGCACUCUCCGGCCCGGACAGAUGUCCAGACAAGAGGCGACGUGGAGGCUGCUCGGUACGCAUCAGCGCUGCGGGCAGAGGAGCGUCAGAGGCAGGCAGAGGAGCGCCGGUUUGACAUACUGCAGGAAAUAAAGCAGAAGUCGGAGGUGGCCGAUGCUAGAAGCCUGCGCGCCAAAGCGCGGCGCGUGGAGGCGGAGGCAAGGCAACGCAUGGAGACGCUGGAUCGAAUGGACAACGGAGUGCGCCGUGCGGAAGAGGCACGGCGGCAGACUCGAGAGAAGGCCCAGCGUGCCCACUCCCGAGUGGAGCAGGUGCUGCUCACGAAAGAGCUGCUGCAGCAGAACAAGGCGCUUUUGCUGGACAAGAAAAUGAGCGAUGUGGAACAUAAUCAGGAGCAGAUGCGGGGGAAACUGCAAAAGCAGGCACUGGAGCGGCAGGAGGCAGUGCGGGCCGCGGCUGAGCGUCGCCGAAACUUAAGCCAGGAGCGACAGGAGAAGCAACAGCAGCGCGAACAGCACCGUGUUGACAACCUGCGCCGAAUCGACGAGCAGAAGAAGGUGGACCAGGAAGUGAAGCAGCAGAAGGCACGUGAAUGGGAGAAGAAGGUGCAGCAGCACCAUGUCGACACCACCGCAGAGGCCGAGGCGCAGAUCCGCAAGACGGAGGAAAAGUUUCAGCAGAGCGCCCAGCUGUUGGAGGAGCAGCGGGAGAAGCGGCAGCAGAAGCUGGAGCGGCAGGAACAGAAGCUACGCGAGGCGAAGGAGCGUCGCGACAAGGAGCUGGAGGCUCGGGUGAUGUUGGAGGAGAUGAUGCCGCGCAUGUCAGAGCAGGAAGCGGAGCAGCAGGCAUCGCGCAUGUCGCGUCUAUCCAUCACAACGGUGCACCACGGUAAGGUGUUUGUGGACACGUACCAAAAAAUGUCGACGCAGUCUGCCAAGGAUCUGAAUCGCAGCCGGCUACGCGUCGUUUUCAGUCGUCUCUCGUCAGCUGUGACUGCGGCAUUGUUGAUGCAGUGCAAGCAUCCCUUGAGUGAACUCACAACAUUGUCUCUCGGGGAUAUGGACUACGAAUAUGUGCGCUACUUCAAUGCAUUCGAUACGCUGGUUAAGGUUCUCGUGGAGGCUCGGAAAGCACGCGACUUUGGGACCAUGCGGCAGACAAGCGAUGUCUUGUUGUCUUUGUUUGUGCAUGAGAAGGAGGGCAGAGAGAACGUGGUGUACUUCAUCAAGAGUGGGUGCACAGCUUCGCUUUCGACGUGCCUACGUGACGAGGCUCGCUCGCUGCCCCUUAAGCACAACACUGAGGCCCUCCGCUGCGCCAUGGAAGUUCUGGGCAUGUGUCUGGAGAAGAUCAGCGCUGAGGCGCAGGGAGCAGCAAAGUUGAUACCAGUUCGGGACCAGCUACUUAACGAGAUGGAGGUCGUUGGCGUUGACCGCGUCUGCGUUGCAGUACUUCAAACCUGCACUGAGGAGGAGGAGCUAUACCUGGCAUACACCGCCCUCUGCAUCAUUUACACGGAGCUGAGCGUGAUAACCCGCCGCAAGGGAGAGGUAAAGCGACACUGGUUUCAGCAGAUCACGACCUCUCUCUUUACGCUACUGCAAAACAUGCUCACCCCGAACGGCUCGCCACUGCGGGAGUGUGAUGUGAGUCUCUCGGGCGAGCGGGUAACCAUUCUAUUUUGCCUGUUUCGCACCCUCAACACCCUCGCGCGCUGGCAGCUGACGAAGUUUCAAGAGUUGCUGCACGAUGGUUCCACCGAUGCUGGGGCCGCCGUGGACGCGGCGCAAGAGAGAAAGGGCGAGAUAAAGCGGACCGUCUCUGCCGACUCGCUGCCAGCACUUAUCACUCGCACGGAGCUGUUUCACGUUCUCAGCGGAUUUUUCAUGUUUAUCCACGGUCACCUCGAGGAGCUUGAGACGAUCCCGCCCUCAGAGGACGCUGCAGGAACGACUAGGAAGAACAUUAGAAGCUCUUUCGAAGAGGCGCUGCAGUUCGGCGUCACGUUGAACGGCUUUCCACCCUUCCCUUGUGGCAACGACUCCGAUCCGGGCGAUUCGCACAGGUUAGGUGGCAAGCACUACCACUUGCGGGCGGCCCUGCAUGAGUGCAUCCUUCUCGUCGGCUACCUGUGCUUUGAUGACGCACUGCUCCAAGACAUGAUGGGAUGGGGAAGGAAGAAACCGCUCAUUGGCAUGAUGCUGAAUGUGCUGCCCAUCGCCUACUUCUCCAAUGCCCGGCACAUUUUGUUUCCGACAAUCCUCUCCGCCAUUCUUCAAAACAACCGAAACUCGAUGAUCGUCCGCGAGGAGAUGUCGCUGGCAGAGCUUCUGCAAUUCAUCUUGCAGGAGUACGAUCCCUUGACCAAGAGGGCAAAAAUGUACGCUCAGGAGCACCAUAAGCAGCUGGUGGCGCAUAAGAUGGAGACGGAUCCCCGCUUUGCACUCAUGGUGAAACUGCAGGGCAAGUCGUGGGCAGACAUGGUGGACGAUGACGACCUCCCACCGGCAACGCCGCACUCGUCCGAGACAACGAGCACUACCCCAGCGGUGGAGAAGGAGAAACUGUGCAAAGGACUUCGUGCAACGUCGCUAAACCCGAGCAACUACUUCAAAUUAGAGAGGCGGUUGCCCAUAUCGUAUUGGCCCGCGGCGAUAGAGCAGCUGGAAAGGCUGCGCCAGCUGUAG